AUGGCACAGCGCACCAUAUGCGCCGGGUGUAACUUUACCUCGUCCACAGUUCUCACAGGAGAAAGCCAAGAUUGGAUCCGUUGCGACGGGUGCAAUGGCUGGUUUCAUUUCGCUUGCGCUGGAUUCCAGACUGCACGCGACGUUAGGGGCGUAGACAAGUACUUCUGUCGCCCAUGUAAACCGACACAUGGUCCCACCACAUAUGUUCGGAAAUCCAAUCGUGCCCAUAGCACUGUCGAUUAUGCCGGUCUCAACGAGGGUGUCCUGCGGACAUCAGACGAGAAUCCGGAACAUCACUACAUUCGGAAUUUCAAAGAUGGCACCUACCAGUUCGACAAGGAGACCUUCGCUCGUAUGCCACCUGAACUCGUAAAUCUAGAGUAUUUUGAAAAGAUGAACGGGUUCCGUGAGCCGAUAGUAAUCCCAGCAAGCCUGAAUCCCCGUCCGAAGGUCCCAUGCUCCGAUGUCAAGAUGACUGAUGUCAUCAGCGAGAAUACGGGUCCGUCAGUUGAACCAGACUACGAACAUUAUGACUACGGCAGCGUUCAUGAUGACGGCCAAGAUAAACUGGACAUGGUCAUACCGCAGGGGCUGACAGUUCGUCGUGUUGCAGAGAUGUAUGGACUCGGAGAGCCUGUUGAAGUUAUUGACGUCAAGUCACAACAAGGCGAACCUGAUAAGAAAUGGGACAUGAAAAGAUGGGCAGAUUACUACGAGGAAACAGGCGAAAAGAUCGUCCGAAACGUCAUCAGCCUUGAAGUAUCAAAGAGCAAACUCGGCAGACUGAUUCGGAGACCCAAGGUGGUUCGUGACAUGGAUCUCCAGGACUCGGUUUGGCCUGCGGAAGACAAAGCGAACGCUCCGAAGGUUCAAUUCUAUUGCUUAAUGUCUGUCGCAGACUGUUACACAGACUUUCAUAUCGACUUCGGAGGCUCCUCCGUUUACUACCAUAUCGUCAAAGGGAAGAAGACCUUCUUCUUCAUUCCUCCAACCAAGCAAAAUCUCAAGAAAUACGAGGAUUGGUGUUUGUCUCCCGCCCAAGACCACACAUUCCUAGCCCACCAGGUCAAAGAAUGCUACCGUGUCGACCUAUCAGAGGGAGAUACCAUGCUCAUUCCAGCAGGUUGGAUACACGCUGUUUGGACUCCCGAGAACAGUUUGGUCAUCGGUGGAAACUUUCUUACGCGGCUUAAUUACGGCAUGCAAAUCCGCGUCUUCGAAGUCGAGAAGGCCACGAAGGUGGCAAGGAAGUUCCGCUAUCCCAACUUCCAAAAAGUCCUAUGGCUCACUAUGUUGAAGUACCUUGACGAUGACCCGCUUCCGCAGUUCGUCGCAAAUGCUCUAAGUGACGGCAAGAAGUUUGAGAGGCAGAUCGCCAUCUACUGUGAACCUGACCGCUUCGGGCACAAUUCGCACCUAGGCACUCAGUACUACAAUUCACGCUACUAUUCUAAAGCUGAACUGGAUGGUCUUCCGGAUCUGGCCAAUUACAUUUGGCGAACGGUCAUGAUUUCACUUGGUCAAAUUGAAGGGAUCACACAGGAGACGCGUAAUGCGGUAAAGCGCUCCAUACCGAAGGGACGAGGAGAUCCACUCGAACUAGUGAAGAAGUUCGCUAUGUGGACAGCGUGGAAGAGAGGAAACGAGGAGAUCCCUCAAUGGGCGCAUCCCCAGGCUCUACUACCAGAGAACGGACCAUCGAAGGGCGAAACUAAACUCAGUGCUGCCGCUUUGAAGAAGUUAGAGCGUAAGUCCUGGAGUGAGGCCUUCCGAGCCUCUAGAGACCGACCCUCACGGCAGAUGCCGGCAGUGGCAGACACAAUAAUCACGAAUGGCGCCGCAUCUAGCCAUCUAUUAGCCCCAACUCCCCACGUUUCCCAACGAUCGAUACUGGAGAAUGGACGGCACCUCAGCACCCCUAAGACAUCUCAGCUAGGCCCUAAGCGGAUCGCUUGUGACGCUUGUAGGAAGCGAAGAAUUCGAUGCAAACACAAAGAUGCCUUGACCGAGUCUCAAAGAAUCAUGGCAAACUCAAGCCCGAUACUGGUCACCACUCCUCUGACCGGAAGCUCAAGCCUCGCUGGAGUAGCUAUUCCACUCGGACAGCCUAUCAAGCUGUUGGCCAGUGACAUGGAGCCGGUAGCCUCGGUUCUAUCAAAACCGCCAAAGCCAAAUGGGCUUGUAGCAGCGGAAGCUGCAGCUUCCUCUUCCGAUUUUUCCCUAGACAUACCAAACAACAAAUCGGGAAGGGUAAAAGCGUGCCUUGAUUGUCGCAAAAGCAAGCGCCGGUGCAUACACGAUGAGUACGGCCGGGUCGAUCCAGUUAAAGCAUCCGAGGCCCCAGUUCCCCGUGGUUCAGCAACAAAGAAACGCAAACACGGCGACGAUGAUGCUAGUCCUGCAAGCAAGAAGGUGAAGCGA